CAAUUGGUCGAAUCAGCAAGAAAGGGAUGGAAGAGGAAGAGAGGAGAGGAGAGGAGUCCAUCUGGUUAAGAAAAGCAGCAGCACAAGUCGAGUAGAGGACAAAAGCCUGAAUAGAAAUCAAAAAGAUUCCUUAGAAUUGUCCUACCCUGUGAGCCCUGAACAAGAACAAGCCAAGAGAGACAGAAAAGGAACAAAACAGAAACAGAGAUAGCAGGAGAGCGAGAGAGAAAUUGGAGGGUAGUAAGCGCCAAUUAACUUUGAUAGUUUGAUGUGUUUUCCUUUCUGUUCAGUUGCUUUGCUUUUCUCGGCGGUUUCGAUGGCCGUGAGCUGAAUCCGGAGCCUGACACCCCAAUUUUAGCGGCUGCUUUGGCAGCCUAAUUAGGGAUUCAUCGCAGGCAGGCAGGACGAAUCGGCGAACUUAGUUGUUGGGGUUUGUUAGGGCUGGGGCGGGUUAAUCUCCUCCCGGCCUGUUCGAUUCGAGCCAUGGAGAUAUAGCCAGCAAGCUUCUUUCUUUUCAUGGGGCUGGAGCGAGCUCCCGUUUCUUGAUGCAAGUUUCACCCCCUCCCAAGAACAGGGUAGAGAGAUUGUUUCGGCUCCAUUGCUGGUUGGUUGCUGCUGCAGUUUGCAUGUGGAGAAGGUAGGGUGGUGGUGAGAGGGAGAUGCCCAAGGUGGCCGGAGAUGGCGGAGGUGGCCGGAGGAGUGAGGACUUGCGGGUUGUCUUCCUCAGGGUCGGCGCCGCCGUCACGCUCUCGCUGGCCGGACUGCUCCUCUCGCGGCGGCGGCCACGGCAGCUCCGGCUACCUCCUCCUCCCACAGGGUCAGAUGAUAGACAUGGCAUGAAGAGUGGAGGAGGACUCAAAGACGAGCUGAGGAUCCUCAAGAAUGAGGACACCAAGGCAAAAAUCAUCAAUGGAAACUCUGUCCACACUACCACUACCACUACGACGACCACCACCACUGCCUUGGUCCCACUGCCCCCAAAAUGUAGAACUUUUGCUGAUGAUGAAGGAUUUCUCCUCCCAGAAUUCAACGAAAUGGUUCUCAAAGAAUUUGGCCAAGACUUUGGUGACAACACAACCUCACCUGCAGCAAGAGUGAUGGAAGAAGUUGCAUCGAAAGAACGUCAAAUUUGCGAGCUUCAAGAUAUGGUCAGAUCACUUCAAGAAAGAGAGAAGACUCUGGAGCUACAGCUUCUGGAAUGCUAUGGUUUGCAGGAGCAAGAUGCUGCGGUGCGGGAGCUCGAGAAUCAGCUCAGGAUCAACAGCGUUGAAUCGAAGCUUUACACGCUGAAGAUUGAAUCCUUGCUGUCUGAAAAUGAAAGGCUGCAGGCACAGCUAGCUGAAAGCUCAAAAUUGGUUUCAGAGCUUGAGGCAACUAGAAUGAAGUGCAAGCUGUUGAAGAAGAAGCUGAGACAGGAUGCAGAACAAGCAAAGGAGAGAAUUACCUCCCUUCAGCAAAUGGUCGAUUCUUUGCAAUGUAAAGAGAUUACUGAGGGGGAAGUCAGUGCUGAGGUUCAAAAGAAACUGAAUAGGCUAGAGGAGCUGGAAAAUGAGGCAAGAGAGCUUAGAGUUGUUAAUUCAAGGCUGCAGCAGGAGAAUGCACAUCUUACCAGGCGAUUGGAGCUCAUACGCCUGCCCCCUGUACCCAAGCCCAUCAAUAGCAUGGAGGUAAAAGCAUUGCAGGAGGUUGAUCUUUUAAGGCAAGAAAAUGACAAGCUGGCAAAAGAGGCUGAACAGCUGCGAUCUGACAGGUUUGCAGAUGUUGAGGAAUUGGUAUAUCUGAAAUGGAUCAACGCUUGCCUGCGGUUUGAGCUUAGGAACCAGCAGGCUCCAUCAGGGAAGAAUGUUGCAAGGGAUCUUAGCAAGACCCUAAGCCCCAAAUCUGAGCACAAAGCCAAGCAACUGAUAUUGGACUACGCAAAUGCCGGUGUGGACGAGAAAAAUUUAGAUCAUAUAGAGUUUGGUUCAGAGUACUCUUCCUCACGAGCAUCAUCAGGUGAACCUGACGACGCGUCGAUCGACGGCUCGUCGAUGAACAAGCACAGGAAUCCUAAGAAGAAAAGGUUCUUCUCAAAGCUUCGGAAAUUGGUGUUGGGGAAAGAGAAGGAAAACAAGAACGCUCCUACUCUGGAGAGGAGGAUAUCCAUUUCGAGUUGCUCCUUUGAUGACUUCAAUGGAAGGGAGUCAAAUGACAGCUAUUCUUCGUUCAUGACAGAAUCAGGUGUUUCUGCCAAUCAACAGCAUGACGAUCACAGCCGUCGUUGGCAUUCUUUGGACAGCCAAAGUUUGGUUCAUCUCACCAAGGAGAUCGCAGAUGGAAGAAACAUCCAUCUUGGGGUCAAGAGUGCAUCAUUUGGAGAGGGGAGAGUAACUGAUUUUGGCCAUAGUUCUCACCUUGAUAAUGGUGAAGCUACAAUACCUGAAGAUGCUGAGAUUCAUAAAUUUGCGGAGGCACUGAAGACAUCAAGACCAGGCUCUAGGUCAUCAACAAGGGCAUCAUCCUUCCGUAACUGAUAAACAGAUUAGCAUAGGAUUCAUCUGCUGCAGAAUAUGCACUGCUACAGACUUAUCUUCCUGGAUGUAUAUAUUUUCCAGUUCUUGAUGGGGAAUUUACUUAUAGAAGAUGCUACUGGAACAAAGCACACAAGCUUUAUUCUGUGUGAAAUGUACAAAUACAAUCAAGUAUAGCAGUGUAGAGUACUAACCUAUAAUGUCAACCCAGCCCUCUACUAUUGAUUUGGGGUUGGCUUGUAUUGUUAAUUGUUCUACAUACAUA